AUGCCAGGUAGUUUGUUUUCUGAAAUGGAACGUAGUAAUACUAAUGUUCUAGAAGAGCAGAGAGCACUCCAGCUAGCUAUGGAACUGUCCAUGUUCACUCUCGGUAAUGAAAGCGAAUCCGGCUACAGUUCCGGAGGUUAUGAAUCCGAAUCUAGGAGCAAAAAAAGUCAAAACACUACAGAAUGUGUGCCAGUCCCCAGUUCCGAACAUGUCGCAGAAAUUGUUGGAAGACAAGGUUGCAAGAUCAAGGCUCUUCGGGCAAAAACUAAUACCUAUAUAAAAACUCCUGUCCGAGGCGAAGAACCAGUCUUCGUGGUCACCGGAAGAAAAGAAGAUGUUGGUGCAGCCAAAAGGGAAAUCUUAUCAGCAGCUGAACAUUUUAGUCAGAUUAGGGCCCAAAGAAAAAAUAAUAUGAAUGGAUCUUUAGCACCAGGUCCAAAUUCAAGCAUUCCAGGUCAGACGACCAUUCAAGUAAGAGUACCUUACAGGGUUGUAGGUCUUGUUGUUGGCCCCAAAGGGGCCACUAUAAAACGAAUUCAGCAGCAAACUAAUACGUACAUUGUGACUCCAAGUCGCGAGAAAGAACCCGUUUUCGAAGUGACCGGGCUUCCUGACAACGUAGAAACAGCACGAAAAGAAAUUGAAGCACACAUCGCCAUGAGAACUGGAGGAUUACCGGACUCUUCUUCGGCCAAUGGUAGUACCGGCAGCAAUUCAACAUCUGAAGACGAUGACUUUCACGUGAAUGGUAUCGAAAGGGUUUUCACUACCGCAACAGUGUCAACUUCCAACUAUGUUAACUCUCUAUACAAAUCUGAUUAUAGCAAUUCAAAUACUUCGGUAUCGCGAGACAGCAAUAAUAUUUUAACUUCUCGGGCACAGGACAUAUUUACUUUCCCUUCUCACGCUAUUCCAUCAGACACCGGAUCUCCGAAAAUGACUGACUUAUAUUGUCCUCCUAGUUUUCAAAAUGGUUUUUCUAAUGGCUUCGGACUGUAUGAUGUUGACGAAGGAUUGGGCGACUCUCCCACCUUUGAACAGGCAGUCUUUCCUCCCACCAACAACGUUUGGUCCGAUUUUGGCCCAGUCAGAAGCACGGUCUCUCCUCUUUUCGGCACGACUACGACUUCCACGGCACCCUCGGCAGUGCCCAGGAGAAGCAACAGCCUGGGCAGUGCUGAUUCUGGGAUCUCGGAUCCCUUGCUUCUGGAACACCCCCCUGCGCGGCGAAUCCGCAGCGAUCCCCUAGUAGACUCUCUCGCCAACUUUCCACCAAUAACCGCCGUGAGCACGGUCUCAACCAUUGCCAAUUGUUUUACAGUCACAACUUGCAGUGGCACAUCAACCAUUGCGGACACAAGCCCGACAGAAUCCUCCACCAUCAGGAAACCAAAAAGAGACUGUGCAGUGUGCUUCGAGAGCGAAGUGGUUGCCGCCCUGGUGCCAUGUGGUCACAACAUGUUCUGCAUGGAAUGUGCCAAUCGCAUUUGCGAGAAGGCGGAGCCAGAGUGUCCUAUCUGCCGCCAGCAAGCUCUCCAAGCCAUUCGUAUCUACUCCUAA